UGUUGUUAGUUGAAUUGCACUGCACAUGAGGUCAACUGAGGCCUGACAAGGCUCAACACAAGAAAUCUGGCAACGUUCUUCGAGGUGAAAAAACGGCCGGUAAGACUGUCAAUAUUGAUAGUGUCACUUGUCUUUCAAACGUCUUUCAUCAACUUCACGGCUAUCAAGCUGCCAUUUUUCCUUUACCGUUAAAAAUGAUUCGACGUGUGGAGUUGUUUGGAACAAUGCUGCUCCGAAAUAAUUAAUAUAGUUCCAGUUUCUGUCACCCAUGUUUCAAGAUUGGUCUGGGUUAGAAAAAUACAGCUUCCAGUAUGGAGAUGGGGGAGGUCAACAUUUGUUCAAAGAAAAAGGCGUAAUAAUAGCAGAACUAGAAGAAAGUGGUACAAGCGAAGAUGAAUUACUAGAAAUAGCAACAUCGCAUGCGAUCGAGAGUGGUGCUGAAGACGUUACCGUCGUAGAUAAUGUUACGGCCAGAUUCAUAUGUGAUAUACCUAAUUUGCAAGAAGUUGCCGGAUCUUUAGAAAGACAAGGGUACAUGAUCGUCUCAGCCAAUCAAGAAUGGGUGGCAGUGCGGUUACACCAAUUAGCUGACACCGAUUUGACUGUAGUGGAUGCUUUGUAUAGAAAAUUAGAAGCUUUGUCAGAAGUAACCCAAUUGGCAGAUAACAUAGCAUAAAAAGAUGUUAACUGCUUUCACAAAUAGUCUGAAAGGAUGACUACUUUCACGAUUUUGACAGAAUCAGCCUUUCACCCUUUAUAGAACAGGAAUGCCCAUUUAUGCUUCAAGCAAUUGAAGUUUUUAGGUGCCAAAAAUGAAGGUCGGAAGCGACUGCAAUGCAUAAAAAUCAAGAUUGUAGUCCCUUCCCUCUACCAUCCUCCGUCUGGAUUUUUACCGGUGUCAUACUCUAAAAACCUAUCUCUAUUUAAAUUUUUUCCGAUUACAGGACUUCCCCGACGGUAGGCGUGAGAAGUAAAAAUGCGGGUGCACUUUUUAUAGUAAGAACCGAUUGCGCAUCGUGCCCAUGCAUUCUGACACAUGGCGUCCGAUCAACCUUAGACACUCUUAGCCAGUCUCUCACUCUGCCGCUAUUACGUUUUACGGCUUUGUCGGUGUUGGUUUUGUAGUUGCUCUGCCUUGUUUGUCGCCACGUCAAUCAGUAAGCCCGCUGACUAUGAUGUACUCAGCAAUACGAGUUUUAAACGCAAAACAGUUCCUCAUACUGAAAUUUUGAAUUAGGUGCGCUUUUCAAAACCGCCGUCGGGCCUACUCUCUAGCCCAGUUGUUCUGCUUCACGAUAACGCUCGGCAUCACGUAGCGGCAAUCAGUCACAAUACAGCUCUGACAGCACCAUCAAGUGGUCACCUUUUCCAAAACUAAGGGAAUUUCUUGGUGGAAAGCGCUUGGAAAAUGACGUUGAAAGGAACCAUUACUAACUGGUUUAACGAUCAGACGGCAGCGUUCUGUGACGACGGGAUCAAAAAACUGGCGCCACGAAUUGAAACAUAUGAUGACAAUGUUGAAAUGUUCAUAUUUUAUUUUGUGAUACAAUACAUAUAGGUGUGUAUAUAUAUAUAUAUAUAUUACUCUAAAGGGUGUAGGGUUAAACAAAACAUUACAAAAUCUUCUAUUAUUUGUACAUGAAUUUAAUCCAUUCUUUUUGCUUAAAGCAAGUUUCUUAGCUUAUCUCCAAUCCGUUCAUAUUUUCAUCACUAUCUGUUCCAUGGUAUGCUCCCAUGUUCUUUGUGGCCUGCUCCUUCUCCUUUCUCCUAGCACCUUACUCUCCCAAACUUGUUUCACCGGUAUGUUGUCACCCAUUCUUUGCAUAUAUCCCUACCAUCUCAGCUGCUUCAUUUCUAUGUGUUCUAGUAUAGAUUCUGUCUGUAACUCCGUUUUUAUGGUCUCGUUUCUUAUUUUGUCCAUUUUGGUUACCCCUUUAACUCGUCUCAAGUAUUUCAUUUCAACUGCCUGAAGUUUACUUUUUUGUUGUUGCGCUAGAACCCAGGAUUCGCAUCUAUAUGUCAAUAUAGAUCUAUAUAUUGUAUUAUACACUGUGAUUUUUGUUUUCUUGGACACAUCCUUUUUAUUGAUAAAACCUUCACUCAUCGCAUAGUACAAGUUAUUUGCCUUUCCUACCCUUUCAGAAAUUUGUAUUUCAUUUCUGCCGUUAGGUUCCAAUAUAAAUCCCAGAUAUUUAAAGGAGUGCACCUGUUGUAAUUUUACAUUAUCUAUUCUUAUGUCCAUAUUGAGUUUUUCAUUUUUUCACCAAAUCAUCUGCAAAUGCGCACUCUGCUAAUUUCACUUUUUGCAACUUCCUGUAUGCAACAAAAAUUGGUUUUGUUCUUUGCCUGCAUUGUGUUAUCAGAUCAUCCAUAAAUUCUCUAAACAACAGGGGACUAGGCUCUCCGCCCCGACGUACUCCCUCUGUAGUAGCGAAUUCUUCGGACAUCAUAUUUCUGGAUAUUACUCGGUGGUUAGUCUUGUGGCAGUGGCGGCUCGUGGCAAAAUAAAACAGGUGUUCUGCACAUCCGAACUUACCUAUUUUUUAUAUGUCAGUUCGAUCCUGCGCUCCUUCUUGGUAGCAAAUUUGUCGAUCACCUUCCCGUUGAAAUUUUUCAUGGUCGAAAUAAAUUCCUUUUCAAUGGACAGCAUCGACAACGCUGAAAGGCGAUCAUAGGUCAUAGUAUUUCGAAGAAAGUUCUUGAUUCUUUUCAAUGUUUAGAAAUUUCGCUCAGCCUCUGAUGUUGACAUAGGAGUUGUAACAAUAAUUCCUAAUAGCUUUUUUGUUUCUUCUACUAUUUUGUAUCAAAAAUUCCAAAAGAGACAGAGUUCCAUGUAAAUCACGGCAAUCAUUCCGUGCAUAAAUUACAAACAACUCUGUCUUUAAACGACUUUUUUCUAAUUCGGAAUAAGCCAAGCAGGUAGUUUCCAACUUCUCAUCAGGAAACUUACCACAGUAUUCUCCAAAGUGUUCGGGGAAAAUAAGGGAUGCGGCUACCAAAUGAUUUUUAAUUGAAAUCUGUCAUUUGCAGAAUUCACUACAUUGUCGUAUACUUCUAAUGCGGCAACUCGGUGAUCGUGACUGCUAUUAUUACGUCUUCUCCUUUUGUUGCCUUGGGGUUCAGUGCAAAUACGUUUGGCUUCAUUUAUUAUGUCAUCAAUUUUAUUUCUCACAUCGACAAUACAUUUUUCAAAAUUAUCGAUAGCCGUUUUAACUUGCGCUGGCUCGAAAACAGAAUCGUUUAAUAUACGGCGAAUACCGCAAGCUGCCUUGCAAACGAUUUCAUUAGUGAAAUUUUCUUCUAUUUCUUCCAUGCAUUCAAUGAGUGAUUCUCUGUUCUCAAGCACUACAUUUAUUGUUCGAAUAUUAAAAUUCCAACGAGUUGUUGCUCCUUGGGGAAUUUUUUUCUCCGCAAUUCUGUUCAGUAUCUCUACGCGUUGAGGAGAAUUAUUAAAAAAUCCCGGAAUAUCUUUCAAAUCCCCAAAGAACACCCGAACUUGAGCAUCAGUGUCACAUUUUUCGGGAUUCAUAUAAUUCCAAAAACGUUCUACUGGUUCGCCGUUAAAUACGUAUCUGAAAAUUGGGUUUUCCCCGAAAUGUCCGUUGUUUCAUCUGCUAUUAUCGCCAAAUACAAGGCUCUGUUAAUCUGUUUUAUUAUUUCUUCAUGACAAACUUCAAGAGUACAAUCCAGUAGAUCGUUUUGUAUUUCUUUCGAAGUUCCUUUAAAUAUUGAAGCAUUUUUUAUGUGUUCGCUUAAGGUUGUAUCAAGCUCAGCAGAAAAAUUAAUCAGUCCAUGAAAUAUUCCUGGGUUUUGGGAGCUCUCGGUUUCGUCGUGGCCCCGUAGCCCCAAUUCAAAUGCUCCGCAAAAUUUUAUACAAUCGAUUAUUUUUGAUAGAACGUACCUGUUUUUUGUAACGGUAUCAUUAUACUGUUGUAUAUUUCUCCAAUAUGCUGAAUCUAACUUAGCUCUGAUGUUAACAGUCCCCAAUAAAGCCAAUUCCAUCGAAUUAUGAAGAUGUGUCUUAGAGUUUUCAUGCUUCUUAAUUUUUUCGCUCAGGAGCACUAAAUCUGAAACACCUACCUCCGUCCAAGCUUUGUCACCGCCGAAAAGUAUGCAAAGAAAGCAGAAAAGGUCAUCCUUCCUGUUGCACCCACAAAUCCAGUCAUUUCUGGUGUAAAUCUCCCUGCUGAAAUGCCCCGACUAACGCCCUGUGUUUCUAUAAAUAUGUCCGGCAUCGGUCGACCUGACCUUCAGCUCAUUUUUUUCUUCAAAUGUUUAUUUCCAGAAUCGUUUCACGCUGAUAAGUCUGUAAACCACAUCCAUUGUCCUGCACUACCCUUCUACACAGCCACAGUCAGUCAGUGAGUCACUAGUCACUCAACGUAAGUCCCAAAAUACCUAAAUAAAAAAUGUUUCGCAUCAAAUUUUAAGCCACGUCACACGACAAGACCAAUAUGCCAAUACCGCCGAACACCGAGUACCGAACGACCAAUCAGAUAUCGUACUUCGCAUUAAAUCUGUACAGAUCUGUAUACAUUGCAGCACAUGCUUAUGCUUAAAUCGCGCAUUUGAUUUUGUACAGAGAGACAAAAGCACGCGCGUGCGGCUUGUGUCGAAUGUUACGCUGCGGUCGCGACGAAAAUGACAAGUACACAGUUGGUCGAUUAUAAUGCUUUCUCAGUACAAAACAGACUCGACGCCAUGUCUUGCGGGGGCAGGCCGGUACUGUUUCUAUUUGUGUGAUAACAUGGAAAAUAAAUAAUGAUCAAAUUACUACUGCUUUUUCUGUUAAGACAAAAGUUUUGGCAGUUCUGCAGCUCUGAAGAACUUAAGGGCCAGCCGCUUGUGGUAUAUACUCAUGAUCACUUCUAUUAAUUUUACUGGAACAUUUCGUCUCAGCAAAUUAUCAUUUAACUUUUUUCGUGGAACUCUAUCAAAAGCUUUCUCCAUAUCCAUGAAGGCAAGGUUCAUUGGUUUUCCUUUUGGUAAAAAUUUAGUCAUCAAGAUUUUAAUAGCAAAUAUGUGAUCCUGAGUGCUUCUUCCCGAUCUAAAUCCACUUUUUGUUUCAGACAAUGUCGGCUCUAUUAAACUUUCUUUGUUUUUUUCUCUAUUAUUUGUUCAUAGACCUUGAGUACUGUAGACAGCAGCGUUAUUCUUCUGUAAUUGUGAGAAUCUUUCUUGUCUCCUUUCUUGAAAAGUGGUAAAAUCAGCCCUGUUGUCCACUGCUCGGGUAUUAUCUGUUGUCUAUAUGUUUUUGUGAAGAGAGAAUGUAGUAUUCUAAUUCCAGUUUCGUCCAUAUUUUUCAACAUUUCCGCUGUUAUUUUAUCUAUUCCAGGUGCCUUUCCAUUUUUAAGUUUCUUCAAUGCGUCUGUUACCUCGUCUAUUGUUAUCCCCUCUUCUGUAUCUUCGGUGACUUGAUCUGUCGUAGAUACCGAGGAAUUAUCUGGUUCGAUGUCAUUCUGUGAGUUCAACAAAUCAUUAAAGUACUCUUUCCAUCUAGCCAGUAUUUUUUUGUCCUCCAUAAUCAGAACUCCAUCUCGAUCCAUUAUCCCUGUUGUGUCAGUUGCUGCGUUUUGUCUAUUUCGAAGUCUCUUCAAGACAUUAUAAAAUAAUUUUUGGUUACCUUUGCUGUCACGCUCAAGUUUAUAUUCAAAAUCACUCCAUACUUUCUUUUUACUGUCUCUCACCAUAGUUUUCACUUUUUCUCUCUGUUUCUUAUAUUCAUUAUAGCUUUCCUAUGUACGUUUGUUUAGAAAACUUAGCCAUUUCCGUUUUUUAAUUUUAUGUUGUAUUUUUAUGCUAUUAUUCCACCAAGCUGUUUGUUUUCUGUUCGAACUCGUUCUAUAUGUACCGCAAACUGAUUUCACUGACGUUAGCACCAUAUCUCUAAAAGUUUUGCACAAUGUUUCUAUUCCCAUUCCGUUUAUCUCCUUUUCCACCGAUUUAAUCUUUAAAUUAAAAGUCUCUCUAUCAGUGGCGAAGCGUCCAUGUAACCAUUGUUACCACUUUUAACAGUUAAAAAUUUUAAAACUAAAUAAUUUGUGACUAAGUACUGUGAAAUAAUCUCAUUUAUUUAUUUACCAACAGCAAUAUGUACUAGUAUUUUAGUACAUAGCAGAUUAGCCCCACGAAAAUAAUGCGCCCUAUAAUACUGACUAGAUUUUGCGAACGCGAUGAAGCCAACGAAUUCGGACUAGGUUAGAAGAAGCCAACCCCAUAUGAUGUUAAACGAUUGUUUGUUAGCAACAUCAACAGAUUAUUGUUUACCCGAAAUUUGACCUUGAACGAAAAUUGUAUACUUUUCCCCGAGUGGGCAUCUGC